CUUGUGGACACAUCGCUGAACUCCCAUUCACCUCCCUAAGGCCAUUCCCCUCGGCUCUUUUCCUUUGUGUCUAUAACUUGCUGUUAAACUAGACUUCCAUAGGAAGCUCUCUGAAAUCCCGGGCUGGGCUGUCUGAACGGCUCGUGGCCUGGUUCCCCUCCCUCAUCGAUCAUCUCCGACGCCGCACAUAGUCGCGAUUCUCCUUUCCCCCACCCAACAUGAGAUUGGAUAUCAAGAGACAACUCUUUGCUCGCUCGGAGCGAGUGAAGGGCAUUGACUUUCACCCUACAGAGCCAUGGAUUCUGACAACGCUAUACAGCGGUCACGUAUACAUAUGGUCUUACGAGACCCAGUCGAUUAUUAAAACCUUCGAACUCACCGAUGUCCCUGUCCGUGCUGGGCGAUUUAUCGCUAGAAAGAACUGGAUCGUCUGUGGUUCAGAUGAUUUCCAGCUUCGUAUUUACAACUACAACACCUCCGAGAAAAUUGCUUCAUUUGAGGCGCACCCAGAUUACAUCCGCUCCAUCGCCGUCCACCCAACCCAGCCGUUUGUACUUACCGCUUCCGAUGACAUGACAAUUAAGCUUUGGGACUGGGAGAAGGGAUGGAAAUGUGUCCAGGUUUAUGAGGGCCAUAGCCAUUAUGUGAUGGGUCUAUCUAUCAACCCCAAGGACACGAACACAUUCGCCUCGGCAUGUUUGGAUCGGACCGUUAAGAUUUGGAGCUUAGGUUCACCGCACGCCAAUUUUACAUUGGAAGCCCACGAAACAAAGGGUGUCAACCAUGUCGACUACUACCCCCAGGCGGAUAAGCCUUAUCUCCUAACUACUUCCGAUGAUAAGACUGUGAAGGUCUGGGAUUACACCACGAAGGCGCUCAUUGCGACUCUCGAAGGACACACAAGCAACGUUUCCUUCGCUUGCUACCACCCGGAACUGCCAGUUAUUAUCUCUGGUUCUGAAGAUGGAACUAUCAAGAUUUGGCACGCCAACACAUAUAGACUGGAGCAAUCUCUGAGUUAUGGUCUAGAAAGAGCAUGGUGUGUUUCUUACCAACGGGGCAAACAAGGUGUUGCGUUGGGUUUCGAUGAUGGUGCUGUUGUAGUGAAGAUGGGCCGAGAGGAGCCGGCUGUUUCCAUGGAUGGGUCAGGAAAGAUCGUUUGGGCGCGACACAAUGAAGUUGUUUCUACGGUCAUCAAGGGUGGUGACGCUAGUGUCAAAGACGGAGCGCCGAUUUCUCUUCCGACCAAGGAGCUGGGUUCAUGCGAAGUUUACCCCCAAACUUUGUCGCAUUCACCUAAUGGGCGCUUUGUCUCCGUCUGUGGAGAUGGCGAAUAUAUUAUCUAUACCGCCCUUGCCUGGAGAAACAAGGCCUUUGGCCAAGCUCUGGACUUUGCUUGGGGUUCAAAAGACAACAGUAACGACUACGCUAUUCGGGAGUCGCCUACCAGUGUCAAAAUAUUCAAGAAUUUCAAGGAGGUCAGUGGUGGCCUGGAUGUAGGCUUCCAGGCCGAAGGCCUUACAGGGGGUGUUCUACUUGGUGUUAGAGGACAGGGAGGAAUUGGUAUGUUCAAUUGGGAAACUGGAAACCUGGUUCGACGAAUCGAGGUCGAGCCGAGAGCUGUCUACUGGUCCGAGUCUGGAGAGCUGGUUACCCUUGCUUGCGAGGACUCAUUCUAUGUUCUGCGAUUCUCUCGGGAGAACUAUGUCAAUGGGCUGAAUGAGGGCGAAGCUGAUGAGGACGGCGUUGAAUCCGCGUUCGAAGUCGUUACCGACGUCAAUGAGUCUGUCAGGACAGGCCAAUGGGUCGGAGACUGCUUCAUCUACACGAAUUCUACGAACCGCUUGAACUACCUCGUCGGCGACCAAACAUAUACGGUGUCGCACUUUGACCAGCCCAUGUACGUUCUUGGUUAUCUGCCCCGCGAUGGCCGGGUUUAUGUUGCCGAUAAGGAUGUCAACGCCGUCUCGUUUGCCCUGUCUCUUAGUAUGGUCGAAUAUCAAACCGUUGUGCUGCGCGGUGACAUGGAUCUUGCGGCGGAGCUGCUUCAAGAUAUCCCCAAGGACCAGAUGAAUAAGGUCGCACGGUUCCUUGAAGGCCAGGGGUAUAAAGAAAUGGCCCUGGAAGUUGCAACCGACCAGGAACACCGCUUCGAGCUCGCCCUUGCUCUCAACAACCUCGAAAUUGCCCUUGAUAUUGCCCGUGAAGCGAAUGCGGAACACAAGUGGAAGAUUGUUGGUGAUGCAGCCUUGUCAGGAUGGAAUCUGUCUCUCGCUCAAGAAUGUUUCGUUAAUGCCAAAGAUGUUGGUUCCCUCCUACUUUUACACACUGCUAGCGGCGACCAAGAGGGUCUACGAACGCUCGCCGCGCAGGCCUCGGAGGCCGGUCUCCACAAUGUUGCGUUCUCUACUCUUUGGUCUCUCGGAGAUGUUGAUGGCUGUAUCGACCUGCUUGUCCGCACCAACCGCAUCGCUGAGUCCGUUCUCUUUUCUCAGACUUACAAGCCUUCUCGAGCAUCCGAGCUUGUGAUCAAGUGGAAGGAGUCAUUGGAGCAAUCUGGGAAGGCAAAGAUCUCCCGACUCAUCGGUGUCCCGCCAGGUGCACCCGAUGUUACAGCCGAUGAUGACUUGUUCCCCGAAUGGGACGAGUAUCUCCGUCUAGAGAAGGAGGGUGUUGUUGCCGAGCCAGCAUCAUCGGGGUCCCUGAUUGAUGUUGACGAAGGAGAGGCCGAGCCUGAGACGAACGCUUCGCAGGAGGUAGAGGCAGAGGCUUAAGCACCUCCUAGUUUCAAGUGCCGGUAGGAUCUAAUGUGGGCAUGAUUAUUUACACAGUUAUGUGGGUUGCCUAGACGAGAAAGUGAUGGGCUUUCAGAAGACAAAGAAAUAACAACAUGGUGUUUUGAAAUGUUAAUACGCAGCUAUAAAAUUCGCCCCGGGGAGCGUAUGGUUUUUUGUAUCUGCUUUUCUCAAACCCCCUUCGACUACUUUUAUAUCUAUUUGUUUCAAUCUAGAAUUAUGUUAUACUUACAGUGCUUCUACGCUCUCCUGAUUCCCAUGGGCCCUUGCGUAUCAUUCUUAGUAGCGAUUCAGCCUGGGGCUAGUUGAGUGUACCUUUCUUGCAGCCUCUGCUCCUUUAGUUCCAUCAUCGGCUUAGUUCUGGUAGAAGAGAAUGACUGGGGCACAAGGCUGUGAAGUCGGCAGAAAUCCCGCUUUUCAACAUGGCAGCCGACUCUCGAGAUG